UAUUACUAGCGGUGCAGUUCAGAAACUCUCCCUGGAAAAAUGGCCCUCUGAAUGUCAACUACUAUUUUUGUUCCAUUUGCAUUUUAAAACUAUUCAAGAUCAUGACUGUCGUCAGCAAAUUGAGCCAACACGUUGGCCGCUACAGCAAACUAUUCAACCCACAGUCAGUGUCCUGUAUCCUGGGAAACCAUAUCAACAGCAAUGGAAUCACUCAGCAGGGAAGAUGGAAACAUAGUGAUUCCGAUAACUUGAAAGAUCCAGAAAGCGGUUUGCCUUUCUACGAUUCUAAGAAAGGAAUGCUAGUUUAUACUGGACCUUUGACUCAGAAUGUCACAAGAAUAAAGGCUGUGUCUCUUACAACAAGUCUUGUUGCAGUUUUUGCCCAGCCGUUUGUAAUUGCUGCAGCUCAAGAAGACAUGAUGAUGAAAGCUGGCGUGUUAGGUACAAUAAGUACAAUUAUAUUUUGUACGCCAGUUUUGCUCCACCUUGUGGCAAAGAAGUAUGUGACAGACAUUUAUUUCAACGAAGAUACCAAAAUAUUCACAUUUGCAAGAAAAUCCUUCUUUCUUCGAAGAAAAGAGGUUGAGUUCAGGGCAGAGGAUGUUAAGUUGCCAUUCGUUGGUGGACUGUUUGUCAAUCAUAUCAUCAAAGGUGGGAAAUACUUUAUUGAUGCGACACAAUUCCGAAGUAAGGACAUUUACAAACACAUGGUUGGCUAUGACAUGCCAGAAGUUGAUGAUGAUGAACACAACCUGGAAACAGCAAAGACAAGUUUAACAGUGAAAAAAGGGAAGAAAUUUGGACUUUUUGAAGAUGAAGAGGAGGAUAAUGAAAAUACUGACAUUCAUUUUAACAAGAAGAUUGGUCUGAUGCAAGAUGAACCAGACAAAACUAGCCGACGUCCAAAAAUGAUGACACCACCUAUGCCUACAAUGUAUAGCGAUCCAGUGAUGAUGGACGAUGAUGACGAUGGUUAUGUGUCUCAUCCUAAAACAUCCAAGCAAAAGAAAAUGAAGCACUAACUUGCUAUUUGUUUUAUUUUAUUAAUAGUUUACAUUAAGUAAUCUUGUUUUGGGGAAAUGUUUCUUAUACAUUUAAGGUAUUUAAAUGAACUCACUGUAAACUAAUAAUUGGAAAUGUAUAUUUUUGAGAAAAGUUGAGAUACUAGUAAACAUUGUCAGUGAUA